AUGAAUGUGAGCAGAGACAAGACUCAGGGGGGUGACAUCUCUAUCCCAGCAGUAGCAGCAGCAGCAGCAAGCCAGGCUGGCAUUGUAGUGGAGCCAGUGUCCGGCUGCCUUCACGGGGAAAGUAUGGACAGCCACGGGGACCAGAGACUUUCUUCUAGCAACGACCUCCCAGUCUAUUCGUGUUCUGGAAAUAGAGACAGGCCAGGCGACAAUCAGAGCAACACCCCUGGACAAGAGGGGGCAGUGGCAGCUCUACCCGUGGUCCAUAGAACCACCUCUUUUUCAGUGCUGGACAUUCUGGAUCCCAACAAAUUCAACAGUAAAAAGAGGCAAUGUUCUGUGUUAUACAAAUCCGCAGGGAGCGAAUUCACUCUAGGGGCAGAGGAUAAACCCGAGGAGUCAGGAACGGAACUAGCAGAUCAAAAGGCUCUGAGUGAAGAUUUUGAAACGUGCAAAAAGUCCUCGGACUUACUCAAGGAUGGGGAGCUGUACAAGGCCGAGGAGUGCGACCUGGACUACAGCAGCAGGCCCAGCCCCAGCCCGGAGAGCGAGCUGCAGGACGAGGAGGAGCUGUGCAGCGAGGAGAGCAGCAGCCUGGGCGGCGUGGCGGGGUCCGGCGAGGCAGAGCCCGGCCACCACUCCGAGGACGGAGAGCCAGGCAGCCAGCAGCAGCCGCCGCCGCCGGCCCAACCUCCUGCCCCCGGCGGGGGCCCGCAGGCCAAGCCCAAGAGGAAGCGCACGGGCUCGGACUCCAAGUCGGGCAAGCCCCGGCGGGCGCGGACCGCUUUCACCUACGAGCAGCUGGUGGCGCUGGAGAACAAGUUCAAGUCCACGCGGUACCUGUCGGUGUGCGAGCGCCUCAACCUGGCGCUGUCGCUCAGCCUGACCGAGACCCAGGUCAAGAUCUGGUUCCAGAACCGCCGCACCAAGUGGAAGAAGCAGAACCCGGGCGCCGACACCAGCGCCCCGACGGGCGGCGGGGCAGGAGGCGGCGGGGCCGGAGGAGGCCUGGGGGGAGGCGGCCUGGGCGGGGGGCUGAGCCCGCUCAGCCACUCGCCGCCCAUGGGCAACCCGCUCUCCAUGCACGGCCCCGGGGGCUACCCGGGACACCCCACCGGAGGGCUGGUGUGCGCUGCCCAGCUGCCCUUCCUGCCCAGCCCCGCCGUCCUCUCGCCCUUUGUCCUGGGCUCGCAGACUUACGGGGCUCCGGCCUUCUACACCCCGCACCUAUAA